CAAUUGCACAGCCCGUAGAUAUUUUUCUCUAGUACCUGCGUAGAUGUGAUAAACUUGAAUAACUCUUGUCUCUAUCGAAUAAAUUAUUAAAUUUGACUCUCUUUAGAUGGCAUUUUUUUCUCUUGCAAAAUGUUCUGCCAACUAAACUUUCUCAUAAGUUGACACUUUUAGAACCAGCACAUCAAUGGUCAACGGCCGAUGUUUUUUUUUCUCUCGAGGGAAAGUGUAUUUGGGUUGGCAACUUGGGCUAUAUGUCAUUCUCUAAAGCUCAUAUCGGCCUCAAGUAAUCCUACGUCGACUAGGCUCAUCCAUAUCAACACUCUCGUCCUCGAAUCUGUUUCUUCAACUUCAGACUCUCAACUCCUGAACAAUUUACGCCAUGAGCCUUACUCCUAUACGCAUACGAGGCAAGCGAAAUUUUCCAUCGAGGGGCAAACCAUCCCCUUGGCAAACUACCACAUCUAUACCUGACGACAGAAUCGGUCCUUCGAAGAAGAUGAAGCGCUCACUAUCAAACGUCCUCGCCUCUCGAUCUACGCGUUGGAGGCCGGCUCUCCAAGCUCUUCCGGCUGAAAUCUUGGAGAGUAUAUUUCUCUACAGCGCCAAUGUUGCCCUCCCCCGGUCCGCACCGAUUAUAGGAUCAAAGCUAUCCGGACGGGCUACUCUCAUCAGGUUUAUCAUAUGGGCUUUCCAAGAUACUUGGGAACAAUCGUUUGGAGAUCCUGAGAAAUCUGUGGUUAUAGAUAAGAACCACGUGGCUGGUAAUUGGCAACUCCAGUCAACCAUAUUAACCCUACCUUGGAUCACUGCAGAAUUCAUUCUCCAGGCGCAACAAACCUGGGUAGACAAAUACGCCAGAGACCAACAUUACCGUCACUAUCUUCCUCGGUUGGAUGAUGACGGUGACCCCUUUAUUUAUGGUCACAGCCAUCAUUUCGAAGGCGGUGUGGGGCACUUCAACUCACAGGAGUGUUUUGAAGCUGACUAUCAGGAGGUUCUGUCCUGGAAACCUUUCGAACGUGUGGGAUCAUGGGGUGGCUGUGAUGUUCAUCCAAGGAUACGCAUACCUACGAUCCUCAUCACCGGUCCAUGGGACGAGAAGAACCUACGCCUCCUGUUCUGGCUUCGAAGGGGUGGUUUAGUCUAUGGUCUGGAAGAGCACGAUGCGUCGUGGGAGAUUCAGCUGGACUGUCUUCGCAAUGCAUUUAUCGACGCACCGGAGCCCAAUGUCUUCAUCACAAAUUUGAUCGAUCUCACUGCACUGUGUCAGGGUCUACCGAGAGAUAUUGCCAGGGAACAAAGAAGACGCAUUGAUCAACGGCUUAAAUGGGGUGCUGACAGUGUCAUCUCAAAAGAGAUACUUCGACAAGUUUAUGGGACGAUUGGGAUGUUUCACGACGGCUUUAGCACUCCAAGCUCGCCGAAAUAGCUGCCAGGGGUCUUCUUUCUUAGCCAAAAAUACAUCACUGCCUCCCGGCUGUAUACUUCAUCUCCAAGUCUGCAUUCACAGAAAGAUUGGAGCACGAUGGCAGUGAACUUUGUCGCAUUAGGGCUCAGCAGGACUCAUGUGAACUCAUAAUGGCUCACCAUGCAUCAUGUCACCUGCAUAAAACCCCGAGACCCCUGAGGCUCGU